AUGGCCAGGCUGGCGCUGUCUCCUGUGCCCAGCAACGGGCUGCUGGUGCUGCUGAUGCUUCUGUCAGCAGGUGAGACUGUGUUCGCGGAAACAAAGGACUCGCCUCGGAAUCCCCAAGGAAGCACGUGUUCCCAGAUCUGGCAGUACCCGCGUUUCAUAGCUAAGAAACGGAGCUCCUCGGUGCAAAUAAUGUGCAGCCUGGAGGUCACGGGCAACGUGAGCUGGUUCUGGAAACAGGAUAUGGACUCGGAGCCCAAGGACCUGGCCGUGAAACCGGGACGCAUCCAGCAGACCCAGAGCAACUCCAACGCCACCCUCAUCAUUCAAGACGUCCAGUUCCAGGACAACGGCAUCUACUUCUGUCAGCACAAACGUUCGGACGGGUCCCUGGAGAUAGGCUGCGGCAGUGAACUCCGAGUCAUGGGGUUCAGCACCUUGGCUCAGCUGAAGCGGCGGAACACACUGAAAGACGGCAUCAUCAUGAUCCAGACCCUGCUCAUCAUCCUCUUCAUCACCGUGCCCAUCUUCCUGCUGCUGGACAAGGAUGACAGUAAGGCUGGGAUGGAGGAAGACCACACCUACGAGGGCCUGAACAUUGACCAGACGGCCACCUACGAGGACAUAGUGACUCUGCGGACAGGGGAGGUGAAGUGGUCGGUGGGUGAGCACCCAGGCCAGGAGUGAGGCCAGCCCUCCCCAUGCCCCUGGGCACAGCCUGCUGGGCCUCAUUGACUGCUUCAGAGCC